AGGGAGGAGCCACAGUGCAGUAUAAAAUCAAGGGGGUAUCUCAAGCACAUCACUGGCUUAUACUGGAGGCGACCAUGAAGGGUCUCGGAGUCAUUCUGUUCUGCGUCCUGGCGAUGGCAUCAGCCCAGAGUUGGCACGGAGGUCGACCCGGAGGCUUCCCUGGUGGAGGUAGACCCGGAGGUAGACCCGGAGGUAGACCCGGAGGCUUCCCAAGCGUCACAGCCCCACCCGCCUCCUGUAGGCGCUGGUGCGAAACUCCAGAGAAUGCUUUUUACUGCUGCGAGUCAAGGUAUGAACCCGAGGCACCCGUGGGCACCAAGAUACUUGACUGCCCAAAAGUCCGUGACACCUGCCCACCGGUACGUUUUCUUGCAGUAGAGCAGCCAGUACCUUGCUCCAGUGACUACAAGUGCGGCGGCCUUGACAAGUGCUGCUUCGACAGGUGUUUGGGACAACACGUGUGCAAGCCACCUUCCUUCUAUGACUUUUUUGCCUGAAAAGGAAAUUUGGAAGUAAUUACCGAUCCAUGUAGAAUCUGUGACUAAUAAAGUGUUUUUCAGAGCAUUAUUUCA